CCAAAAUUAAAAAGAUUGCGAUAAUAAUUACAUAAUUCGAAGAAAAAUUAAUUUAUAAUGCUGGAAGUGAUAAAAAUCAAUGACUUGAAACAUAGAAAACCUAACAUUGUAAGACUUUGGAUGUCAAAUAUCCAGAAAAGUGCAAAACAAGUGAACAAUAAAUAAAAAACAUCAAGGAAGAUCAAACCUCAAAACAGUUAAAUCCACCAGCAAGUGCUUAAAAAAAUACUUCAGAGUGAAAUGAGCGCGAAAAUUGCUUUAGACAGACACAACUGUGGUGUUUUGAAAACAAAUUGAUGGAAAAUUGUGAAAAUACAAAUAAAAUAAAAAAAAAAACUUUCAACACCGUCAAAAAUUUUAGUGCUUCUCGAAAAUAAAAAACUACAAAUUUCAUAUUAAUGAUGUUAUGGUGCAAAGUGAAACGUAAAAAAUAUACGAGCUUUAAAAUAAAUCAUGAAUUUUAAUGUGAAAAUGUAUGGAAUGCGAACAAUUGUAUUUGUCAUAAUAAAUGCAGUAUUAGCAUCUGGUCAAGGACAUUCAGAUUCUAGAUGUUAUCUCGAGAGCGGUGGCUCAACUGAAAAUUUUAUUGUUAGUGAAGAUAUUGCGGUCGGUGCUAUUAUUGGGAAACUCAAAAUAAUAGGAAAUACUGGAGUCAAUGGCAAUAUAAGGUUAAAGCUUCAUGAACGUGACCGCGAUGCACCGGUACAGAUUGAGGCUGGUACAAAAGAUUUAAUUUUGACUGCAGCACUCGAUAAGGAAGGUGAACGUGGUCCAGCUUCAGUUUAUGUUAAUGUUGUUUGUGAUCGUCUUCAUUCGGAAGCAAUUCCAAGUUUUGUGAUUCCUGUAAAUAUAAGAAUAACUGAUGUUAAUGAUAAUGCACCACAAUGGAAGGGAGCACCAUAUUCUAUAAGUUUAUCAGAAACGACUGUAGUUGGAACAAGAAUUUUACAAGGUGCAAGAGCUGUUGAUGCUGAUCAGCCUGGUCCUUACAGUACUGUUGAAUAUAGUGUAUUACCUGGUCAAUACUCUGAUUUUGUAGAUUUUGUAAAUCCACUUGAAGGAACUUUACAACUUAAAAAAGCAUUAGAUUUUGAACUAUUGAAAAAUUUCACUGUCAAACUUCGCGCACAAGAUCAAGGAAGUCCACCAAAAUUCUCAGACACAUUCCUUCGUGUUUUUAUCAUCGAUGCUGAUGAUCAAAAUCCACGUUUUGAGUAUGAAUCAUACACAGCUGAGUUUCCAGAAGAUGGCAAAACGGGAAAAUUAAAAAUCUUUCCGAAAGCUAUUAGAGCAUGGGAUCAAGAUGAUGGCAUUCAAGCUGACAUUAUUUACUCGAUUUCAUCUUCAUCAUCACCCGAUGCCAAAUAUUUUUCAAUUAAUCCAAAAUCUGGUGAAAUCGAGCUAAUCACAGUCUAUGAAAGUCAAAAGUCUACGUUAGUUGUUCGAGCAACACAAAUUGAUAAUAAAGAUCGCUACACGCUAGCGACUGUGAAUAUAAUGCGUUCUGAUAAAUUCAGACACGACUUAAUACCUGAAACAAGCAAUACAAAUGACAAUCGGCAAUAUACUGCGAAAUUGCAAUUCAUUCAACCAAAACAUCAGAUUUCUGUUCGUGAGAAUUCGCCUAUUGGUUCUCGUAUUCUCUCACUUCCAACAAAUCGUCCUGGUGAUCGAAGUCAGUUAAGAUACUCAAUACUUGAGAGAGAUCAAACGGAUUAUUUUGAAAUUGGACAGUACGGUGAUGUGAUUUUACGAAAACAACUCGAUUUUGAGAAAAUCGUCAAGCAUAUCUUUCAUGUUAUGGUUAUUGACGAUCAGCUGAAUAAUGCAACAUGUGAAAUUACUAUUGAUGUUAUCAAUGUAAAUGAUUGGGAUCCAAGAUUCCGCCAACCAUAUUAUCGGUUCCGAUUACCAUUAAAUGACACAUAUAGUAUUCCUAUGGAGGUUGGACGAGUAGAAGCAGCGGACGGUGACGUUGGCGAUAAAAUCAGUUUCUUUUUACGUGGACAACAUUCAUCAUACUUUAAGAUUGAUUCAAAUGGAAAGAUAUACUUGAAAGAGCCAUUGCAUAAUUUAAAGAAAUCAGAAAUAAGUCUCAUCGCAACUGCCACAGAUUCAGGACAAAGAUCAACUUCCGUACCUAUAACUUUUGUUAUGGAUCCUGAGGCAUCGUCACAAGCAAAACUUCCUUCAUUUUUAAGUAUAUUUGGUGUAUUAUUCAUAGCAUUCAUCAUUAUUGUUAUGCUCAUAUCAUUCUAUGUAUAUAAGAGAAAAUCGAAUCAAAUUCACAGCAAUUUACCAUCAAUGCAAUCAUCAGCCGGUCUCGUUAGUCAAGAAAAGCGUUUAAUGAACAGUCACAUGCGCGAUCCAAAUCAAGAGCAACACAACUAUAUCAAUUCGGGUGGAAAUCUUUCGCCAGGUGCUUCAAGCAUAAUGGCGUCAACAUAUGAUACACAAAAUCAUCAUAUUCAUCAUCAUGCAGACAAUAAGAGCACUUUAGGAGCACUUUCACGUGCAAAUUAUAGAGGGCGAUUGUAUAAUACUCAACAGACUAAUAACGAUGAUAUUGAGAAAGAUUCAAUAACAAAUUCAACAGACACAACAAAAGAUUUGAAUAUUUUAAAUCGAAUUGAUAAUCAGAGAAAUAAGAAACUAAGUUGGCAGCAUGAUGACUUUCAGAAAAAUGAUGUUAGUGGCUCAUUGGACUUGAAUGGAUCUACAGAAAACAAUUUAAUUGUAUAUUUUUAAAUAAUAAACCGUCACAAUUGUAGCCAUUCGAAUAAAUUUUAACUUUUUAAACUUAC